AUGAUGCAGGCGCAGCCAUCCGCACCGCACCAGCAGUUCAACCCCUACAUGGGCGGCGGCCCUCCCAUGGGCCCCGGUCCGCGAUCGCCCAUGAUGAACGGCUUCCCGAACGGCCAUCAGAACGGGCCCAAUGGCGGCCCUUUCCGACAGGGAGACCGGCCGCAUCAGCCCACCCAGUCGCCAAAAUACCCCAGCAUCCAGCUCGAGGAUCCGCCUAGGCGCAGCUUCAGCACCUCGACCAACGGCGCCGGAGGCUCGCAGCACGGUGGCGGCGGCGAGGGUAGCCAGUCUUCGUCGUCGCGCUUCCGCACGCGGCGCCCCGACACCGAGGAGAUCAGGACCACGGGGCGGACGCACUACAUUGAGCUGCUCAACUUCCUCCGCAGCCAUCUGCUCAAGGUUGAACAGACUGCGCGGACCAAUGCUCGCGAGAAGCUGACCCGCCUGAGCAAACAGCAGUUUACUGAGCUGUCGACCGACGUCUACGACGAGCUCAUGCGGCGCCAGAACAAUGCCAAGAACGGCAACUCCACGCCGUUCCUCGCGGUGCGCGACGAGUUCCACCCCAAGCGGAAUCAGGCUCGUCAGAAGCUGGCCACGUUGCCGAAGAACCGGUUCAAAGACCUCGCCUCGGACGUCUUUUUCGAGCUCGAGCGGCGCUUUCCCGAGCUCAAGGAAGAGUUCCGGCCGGAUGCCAUCGCGAGGGAGCGCGAGAGGGAGGCGAGGCAAAGAGAAGAGGCCGAGAACCUGCAGAGGAAGGAGUCGAUCGGCAACCCGCAGGGCUCAACGUCCGACCGCGUCGUACCGGCAAAGAGCACGCUGGUCGAGGAGGACAUCGCCGUGCCCUAUUCCAAGGACGACGGUGGCGGCGGCAGUGGCGGCCGGGCGGAUCGCGGCUCUCGUCCAGAUGACCCCGACGGCCGGCACUCGCUGAAUCGCGACUCGCUGGGCUCGACGAGCGCCAACGGCCUGGCGGACAACCGCAGCACCAUGUACAGCCAGGCCAGCAGCGUGGGGACGGGCUUCCUCAACGGCUAUACGCACAGCGCGGCGAGCCCCAAUCUAGGGCGAAGCAGCGGUUUUGAAGGGACAUCAGCGCCGCUCGCCAUGGAAAAGAUGCGAUCCGAGUACGAGCUGCGGAUCGCCAAGCUGCAGCAGCAGGUCUCGACGCUCGAGUCGCAGCAGGCCGACUCGAUGCCCCGCGUCAGGAUGGCCGACGAGCUCAAGGGCCGGAAUCAGGAGCUCGAGAGGCAGCUCAAGGAGCUCACGACCGAGCUCAAGGGGACGCAGGAGAGGCACGAGGUGUCGAUCCGCGAGCUGCGGGAGGACAGCAACCGCUACCGGGAGCUGCACGACUCCAAGCACUCGGAGCUGCAGGGCGCCCGCGAGGAGCUCCAGUCGCUGCAGCGGCAGGCCGCACGCGGUGGCCUCGGCCAGGACGCGCAGGCCGAGUUCGAGGCGCUCCAAAAGGACUUUGCCGAGCAGAGCAUCGUUGUGCAGGAGCUCAAGGAAGAGGUCACGUCGCUCCUCGACGAGUUGCGGCAGCUUUCGGAGCGCCACGACGAUAUCCAUGCCGAGAGGGAGUCGGACGCGGCCGUCAUCAAGGACCUGCACGCGCAGGUUGCGAGCUACAAGCGCAUGUACGAGACGGCCAAGACGGAGCUGCGGACGCACAAGGCCACCUCGCAGCUCUACGUGCAGCCGGCCAAGGCCGACGACGUGAUGCCGGUUUCGGACCGGGGCGCCAUCGCCGACGUCAACCUCACCGCGUUCCAGAGCUCGAUCGACGAGCUGCUCGCCGCCGCGCGCUCCAAGACGCCGUCGAACGUGCUGCUGUCGAUGAAGACGGUGGUGCUGGCCACGACGCUCGUGACCGACGACGUGUCCAAGUACGAGCAGGUGGCGAGCAACCUGUCGGAACUCUCGCCCGACGAGCUCGACCAGCUUCAGGCGCUCAAGGCCAAGUGCUCGGGCACGCUCAACAACCUCAUGACGGCCUGCCGCAACCACGCCUCGUCGCACGGCAUGUCGCCCGUCAGCCUGCUCGACGCCGCAGCGAGCCACGUGUCGACGACCAUCGUCGACCUGGUCAAGCUGCUCAAGGUGCGCAAGGCGAGCAAGGUCGAGGCCGACGAGUACGAGGCCCAGUUCCGGCAGACGCCCGGCGGCACGCUCCAGAACGGGCUCAAGCCGCUCCACAUCAGCGCCCAGUCGGCGGCGCUGCGCGACGUCAACGCGAGCGGCACGCUCUCGCCCAACACGUCGAGCUCGUUCGCCUUUGGUGGUCUGCAGCCGGGCUCGGCGAGCGAGGACCGCUUCUCGCCGCGCCUGCGCCACAGCCCGCAGAUGGGCCGCUACUCGCCCGUCGGGUACAAGGCCGAGGCGAUCCGCAAGGACUCUGCCGGCGAUGCGGCGUGGCGCAGCCGGACGACGUCGGUGUCGUCGUCGAGCAGCGCGCAGCGGACGCCGAGCAUGCCGUCGGCCAUGGGACUCGGUUCGGCCCCGCUGCCCUUCCGGCAGCCGAGCAACGGCGGGGGAGGCGGCGGUGGCGGCGAGGGAAGCGCUGCGAGCAGCAUCCGCGGCCUGCGCAGCAGCGGCGGCAACACGACGGGCGACGAGGCGCACCUGGUGCCGCGGUCCGAGACCAUCGACAGCCUACCCUCGGUGUCGGACUCGAGCGGCUUCAACGGCAGCUCGGCCAGCCUCGAGACGGGCGGCCACGAGAACUGGGCCGAGCUGCGCAACUACAUCGAGGUGCAGACCGAGGCCAUCGUCCACUCGAUCCAGGCGCUGCUCUCGGCGAUCCGCGAGGGUGCGCAGGGCGUGCAGCUCAACGAGAACCUGACGCAGAUUACGACGAUUGUGUCGUCGAUUGUCGCCAUCUCCAAGGGCAACCUGCCGGUCAAGUCGCGCGCGGCGGGCGAGCGGAUCCUGAGCGAGCUGACCGACCACUGCGAAAAGCUGAGCGAGAUGCAGAGCCACCCGUCGUUUGACAAGACGACCAAGGCGUCGAUGGCGAGCGCCAGCUACGGUGUCGCAAAGGGCCUCAAGGCGCUCAACGGGCUCCUCACCGCCGCCGACGUCCAGCUGGCCUGA